AUGGAGAAAAAGAACUGUGGUGAGCCUUGGGUUCCAGAUUCAUGGGCUAAGUCAUCGAAAGUGCGUGAACCAAGUCUUUCAGAGAAGCAAGCCUAUGCUGAUUCACUGGUCAAACUUCAAGCUGCAGAGAAAUAUUUAGGACGUGCCUACUGUGUUCUUGUGUUAGGACUUGGUUUAGAGGAGCAACAUCAUAUGUCAUGUGGAAUAUCAAGAGUUUCAUCAACAGACAAGGACAGGGCUAUGUUUGAGACUCUGUAUUCUUUUUGUACAUUUGUGGUAUGGAUCACAUUUAGACGAAAGGAUUUUGAAGCUGUUAAAAAAGAAGUGGGAAGAAUGUUACGAUCAGAUACAUUUAAUCCAGCAAUAAGAGUUAAGAAUGCGCCAGAAGAGAAAGAAACAGAGAAAAAAGAAGAGAAGUCUGGUGAGGGAAAAAAGGAAAUUAAAAUUGAGAAGAAGAUAACACCUGCUGAGUACAGACGACUACACCCGAAAAGACCAGCUAUCAAGUCUAUUAUACAUCAGAGAUCACCUGCUAUUGUAGCAAUACUGCCCUCCCCUAAAGAAGAAGCUCACUGGUUGUUCAAGACACGCAACUUACUUGGUAAAAUGGAUAAUGAGAAAGACAAAGAAGACAGUAAAGAUGAUGAUGAUCCAAACAAAACAAUCUUUGUCAUUGACAAAAGAAAUUUUAAAAUCGGUAUAUUGGGUGACUCCCUAAGUCAAUAUAACCCAGUAACAUUGUCACCAAUGGGAGCUGAAAAUGAGGAUGAGGACAAUGAGGGUGAAGAUGGGGAACAGAAACAGGCUGAUGAUAAUACUGCUGAUAAACCUCAAACUGACAGAGGUAUGAGUCGUACACAGACAGCAGUGUCUGAGGCAGUCACAGAUGCUUUUACUGAGGACUGACAUUUGUUUAUAUUUGUCUCAAAAUGGAGAAAAAGAACUGUAAUUAAAAUAUUAAAAACAUUCCAAGCUAUAAGUGAUAUAUUAUUUAAAAAAAGGUUUAAGUAUCCGUCCUAUAUUGUUGUCUGUGAUAAAAUUAUUUCACUUGUUGCAUUUACGCUAUUUCUUGAUUUACUAUUGUACAUUAUAAUUUACAUUGAACUCCGUUAGGUUGUAGAUAUUACCUCAAAAAUUAACAAAUCUACCUAAGUAGACAAUAAAUAUGUUACGUUUUUUUUCCUUUAUUGAUAAGACUUUGUAUGUCACUAUUCAAAAUGCACUGUAGUACAUAUAUUUUGAAUUACUUAACCAAAUUUCGAUAAAACUUGAUGUAACAGAUAGUUCACAGUGGAUGCAUAUUGAAUAUAGUGAUUUUUUUUUCUUUGUAUGAAAUAUUUUAUACAGAUUUUUCCUGGUGAAAUGUAAAAGCCAACAGCCCAAAUAUCUGUUCCCAUAAAUAAAGAACAAGAUAAUCGUUUUGCAUAACAUGGUGCUGCCAAGGAAAAUUAUCUUAUUGGCGAGCACUUGUUACCUGAUGAUGAUGGUUAUCUAUAUGUUAGGACAUGAUUUGUUGCCAAUCAAAUAAUUAUAAACAUAAACUAACGAUAUUUCAGCAGACAAAAAUAUCUGCAACAACUUAGCUACUGGAUAAAAGUGUUGGUUUACAUUAUAUAUUUUUUUAACUAUGCUGUUGUAGUAAAAUGUCAGUGGCCAAAUUUCACACUUUAUAUUAUUAUAAUUAUU